AUGCUCACGGAGUACUUCAUCGCCUCCGUGGGCGUGCCACUAAAGCCGCCAGGGACGAAUGUGGCCAAGGAUGCCGCCAUCUUCCUCCACGAAUACCAGCCUCUCUCCCAGCAGCGAGCAAUCUAUAAGAAAUCUGCGACGCCUCCCAAUUGCCUUGCUGUAAGCGAACGACACAUCUUCGCGGCCCAGUCCGACAAAGGCGUUGUUCAUGUGUACGAUCGACAAAAAGGAAAUCAGACAACGACUGUGCCUUUUCCGGACAAGAUCUCUUCCGUCACGCUGGCAUGUGACGAUUCAGUCUUAAUUCUAGGCACAGUCGAGGGCAAGAUCUUCUUGUGGGAGACUUUUUCUGGUCGACAGGUUACUACACCUCAAGCGCACUUACAGGCUAUCACGGCUCUGGCGGUAGAUGCUACUUCAAACUUCUUACUUUCGGCUUCCAAGGACUCGACGAUUCAUGUCUGGUCUAUCCCGAGCCUGCUUUCGUUUGCGAAUAUGUCUGAUGCUGCCCCGCUGCGAACUUUUUCGACCCAUCGUUCAGAGAUUACUGCGCUGGUAUUAGGGCAUAGCACUUCGCAUUGCAAUUUCGCCGUCUCUGCUUCCAAGGAUAAGACAUGUCUCAUUUGGGACUACCGGACUGGCCAUAUUCUGCGGACAUACCUUCUCCCUGGUAUACCGCUUUGCAUCGCAUUGGAUCCAGCGGAUCGAGCUGUAUAUCUGGGAUACGAAGAUGGCAGCUUACAACAGCUGGACAUGUUCACCUCUUCAGGCGGGCAUUUGGAUUCCAUCUUGAACGGGAAGGCAGCAGCCGAGCCUAUGCAGCCUUCCAAGUCUUCACUUUGGAAAGUUGUGGAUUCCUCGCAUGCCUCUGUGCUGAGCAUGAGCGUAUGUUUUGACGGAAGCACGGUCAUCACCGGACACCAUUCUGGCUCCGUCUUGGCAUGGGAUGUUGCAAGAGGAAGCUUCACAUCGGCUUUGACGCAAGCUCCUCUGCCUGCACCUGUCAACAACCUUUGUUUUCUCCCUAUCACGGGCUUCCCGUCCAAAUUGCACGAUAUGGGGAUCCGGAUAAACGAUGUAGUGAAGCCAAAGUUCGCUGCUUUCGACAACGGAGACGGCGGCUCAGUACCUGGCAAUUACGCGCUCAAUGCUCAGCUCCUUGAUAAUCUUGAUUCUCAGUCUACCGAUUUUCAGACAGCUUUGAGCGCAUCGUCUUUCCCGUCCGCUUUGCUUGAUGAAGGUCUGUCUGAACUGGCUUCUUGGGGUAAGAGCGGUUCGGUCAAUGAAGAGUCGAGUACUGCUCAGGACGACGGAUACAUGGCACUUGAUUCUGAGCUUACGCAACCUGACCAGAGUGCUCUUCGCGAAGAGAAUGCAACUCUCAAACAGCAACUGGAGGCGUUACGGAGACUGCAGAAGAAGAGUUUUGAAAAGAUUGAAUCUUUGAGCACGGAGAAAAAGGCUUUGCUGGAAAGAGAGCAGAAGAGACUUUCAGGCGUGAAUGGUACGCAUCGUAAUGAGAUGGAUGAGGACAACGAAGAGGAGGAGAGCUCUGGCGAUGAAGAAAUGGGCUGA